CUUCGAGCAUCCUCCCGCCAGCCGCUAGGUGUUUGGGUUCGCAGGCCUGUGCGUGGGCACUUUGUUAUUUUUUUAAUUGUUAUUAUUGAGGAGUCUGAAAUAGAUGGAAGGAGUAAAAUUAAGAGAAAAAAGAAGGGAUAAAACAAAAGUAAAGUUUUGGGGUGAAAUUCCCGCUCCAGGAACGACCUUUUCUCCCCAGCUGCAAAACGGACGGGGGCGAGAGGGGACUACAUGUCCCUGCAUGCCCUGCGGCUUUUGAACUACAAGUCCCAGCAUGCCACACUCUAUCAUUUACUGCAAUCCCCCGUAGGCAGUGGGUCCAAAGUACCGGUCAAAAUGGAAGUGAAUCCCCCCAAACAGGAGCACCUGCUGGCCCUGAAAGUGAUGCGGUUGACUAAGCCUACUUUAUUCACCAAUAUUCCAGUAACAUGUGAAGAGAAAGACUUGCCUGGAGACCUCUUUAACCAGCUCAUGAGAGAUGAUCCUUCAACUGUAAAUGGUGCAGAGAUUUUAAUGUUGGGAGAAAUGUUGACUUUACCACAGAAUUUUGGGAAUAUAUUUUUGGGAGAGACCUUUUCCAGUUAUAUCAGCGUUCAUAAUGAUAGCAAUCAAGUUGUAAAAGAUAUAUUGGUUAAAGCUGAUCUUCAGACAAGUUCUCAGCGUUUAAAUCUCUCAGCCUCCAAUGCUGCAGUGGCUGAACUUAAACCCGAUUGUUGUAUAGAUGAUGUCAUACACCAUGAAGUAAAGGAGAUUGGAACACACAUCUUGGUGUGUGCAGUGAGUUAUACAACUCAGGGUGGAGAAAAAAUGUAUUUUAGAAAAUUCUUCAAAUUUCAGGUUCUCAAACCAUUGGAUGUGAAAACCAAAUUUUACAAUGCAGAGAGUGACCUCAGUUCUGUGACUGAUGAAGUAUUUCUUGAAGCCCAGAUUCAGAACAUUACAACCUCACCCAUGUUUAUGGAGAAAGUUUCAUUGGAGCCAUCUAUAAUGUACAAUGUAGCAGAAUUAAAUUCAGUCAACCAAGCUGGAGAAUGUGUAACUACAUUUGGGUCAAGAGCAUAUCUGCAGCCAAUGGAUACACGCCAGUACUUGUACUGCCUAAAACCCAAGAAGGAGUUUGCAGAAAAAGCAGGCAUCAUUAAGGGAGUAACGGUAAUUGGAAAGUUGGAUAUAGUAUGGAAAACAAAUCUAGGUGAAAGGGGAAGAUUACAGACCAGCCAACUUCAAAGAAUGGCUCCAGGUUAUGGAGAUGUUAGGUUGUCUUUGGAGGCAAUCCCAGAUACUGUAAACCUAGAAGAACCUUUUCAUAUUACUUGUAAAAUAACAAACUGCAGCAGUGAAAGGACGAUGGAUCUCGUUUUGGAAAUGUGCAAUACCAGUUCUAUCCACUGGUGUGGCAUUUCAGGAAGACAGCUUGGAAAGCUCCAUCCAAGUUCCUCUCUCUGCCUUGCCCUCACUCUACUGUCUUCAGUACAGGGGCUGCAAAGUGUCUCCGGCUUAAGACUAACAGACACGUUCUUAAAGAGAACAUAUGAAUAUGAUGACAUCGCACAAGUCUGCGUGGUAUCUUCGGCCAUUAAAGUGGAAAGCUGAAGAAAAUUUCCAAUGUUACGCUUGUCAUUGAGUUUCCCAGAACUUUCUGUAUUUUUGUCACUUUUGUAAAAUGAUCGAGUCAACAGUAAAAAUAAGUAUAUAUUAUUUAAAUUUCUUUCCUGUAAAACAGUUAAAAUAUUUGUUUUGAAAAGAA